AUGAUGAAAUCCAAUAAUUUCAUUGGCACUUUGACAGUCUACUGCUGCUUGGCGUCGCUGUUUCUCCUCAUCAGACAAGCGGAUGCAUCCUUUGCAAUAGCAGUUCCCAAUGGUGAAGAAGAAUGUUUCAGUAUUCGGGUGCUCACACCUUCCGUCAUCAGUGGAUCGUACGAUUGUCUGGAUGACGAUGUGGAUGGGACCAUGAUCAAAGUCUCGGUGAAGAACGAACAAACCAAAGAAAUCAAAUGGAAAUCUGGACCCGAACAAACCGAAGGCAUGUUUCGAUUGCACGUCGAUCCCGCUCGCUACGAGCUCUGUUUUCAAAGCGAAGUUCCCGAUGACGAUGAAGCGGCGCACGAUGCCACCGGGGUAGGAUUCGCCCUGCGAUGCAUCCCUCCUCCACGAACGUUGCCCGAAGGAGAAGAAGGACCCGAAGCCAAACGAGCCUUGCAAUUGGUCGAAAGCGCAUCCAAUAUCGACCAGGAUUGGCAAAACAUGUUGGAUCAUUACGAUUUCCUACGAACUAGAGAAUCCAAUCAUCGAGAAUUGAUCGAAGCCAUCUUUACCAGAUUAUGGAAAUGGACACUCAUAGAAGCCGUAUUGGUCGUUUUCAUGGCGUUUUUGCAAGUCAUGUAUUUGCGCAAAUUCUUUGAACAACGGAGAUAUCUUUAA